CCCUCCUUGUCUCUUUCCGUUCUGAUAAAUUUGGUCAAAAACAAAAUCUCUACAUCUAGUCUUGUUCAAGCUACGCACGCAGUAAUUAAAUACUACUUACGUUUCUAAGCUGAGUCAGAAAAAUCUCUAACAGUUACUCUUCACUCUUUCUUCUUUAGAAAGAGAGGGACAUUUUGAUUUUGUCAAACGUCUCGCUAUCAUCCAUUGAACUGCCUACAACUACAAUCUACAAUUUUCAAUUCUUGAUUGCUUUCACAUCAGGAGAACCUUACUUCCAUUUCUUUUUUCUUUUUUUUUUUCGCUUUCUUGGAAUUAAACAAAUUCUCCAGAAUUCACUUCCUGUGCUUCAUUUGCAGCCAAAGAUUCACCUGAGUUGUAUUUAGCUAUAGAUCAACCAGCUCCACUCUCUGCAUUGAUAAAGGGAACACAAGUCCAAGAUUCAGAUAAGUGGGGGAGCUAUAAUGUGGCCUGCACUUUACCAUAAUUAAACAUCAUGAGGAAACACAAUACUUCAUUGAGGAAUUCAGGUACAUAUACUAGUCCAUCAACACCAGAAUAUGGAGAUAACCAUUUUGGAGGAUUUCAGAAAGGCUGGAGCUCCGAGCGAGUUCCGUUGCCAAACAACAACAGCAGGAGGCAUAUUAGUGCUACUGCAUUGAUGCCAUUCAAUAGUGGAAGGGCAUUGCCUUCGAAAUGGGACGAUGCGGAAAGGUGGAUUACUAGUCCAGUAUCUGGUCAUGGCAUUCCCAAGACUUCAACCGUGGAAGCCCCGAGGCAGCCUAAGUCAAAGAGUGGACCUCUGGGCUCUCAUUUUUCAACCUCUGUCCCAGUCCAAGAAGGUGGAAGUACAAGUAAUUUCAUAGCAAAUUCACCAUUUACAACAGGUGUACUGAUGCCUGAUGGUUUAUCCAUUCAUUAUGGUCCUGGCUCUGGCACAAGAUCUAGUGCAUUAUAUGGUGAGAAUGGCAUGGCUCGAGCAAGCACUGCUCCUGGUCUGUCAGACUUUUUUACUGAGUCUUCUUUACCAAGCUCCCCAGAUGAUAAGCCUGAUGGCACCAAUGAAACAGAUGCUAUUUCGUGUGUAGUUACACGCAGAGACAUGGCAACACAAAUGAGCCCUGAUGGAAGUACACAUUCCUAUCCCAAAAGAAGAUCGCCUUCAAUCCUUUCUGUAGAGACAAAUAAUCAGCAUUCUGCUAAACUUGAGAUUAGAGAUGUACAGGUAGACAGAGGACCCCCCAUAUCCGGACAAUCUGAGAAAAACGGAGUAACGAAAAUAAGGAAAGACUUGCAAGAUGUGAGUGACUCGAAUUCGCGGUGGGAUGUUGCGGAUGCAGCAAGGAGCAUGUCAAAGCAGCAAAGAGAGGAAGCCAGGAUUACAGCUUGGGAGAACUUGCAGAAGGCUAAAGCUGAAGCAGCAAUCCAGAAGCUGGAGAUGAAACUAGCAAAGAGGAGGUCGGCAUCGAUGGAUAAGAUCAUGAACAAGCUUAGACUUUCUCAGUUGAAGGCUCAAAAGAUGAGACGUGCAAUAUCAGAAGGUCGUCGAAGAACUUCAAAAAAACUCUUCCCUUUUCAGAAGUAUUUCAAGAUUGGCUCUUUCAGCAGUUGCUUUUACUGCGGUGUCCAUUAGUUGGGCGAUAUUGUUUCUUUUUCGAUGCUUACAGAAAGCAGAGCGCGAUUUAUAUAUGGUUCUCGUCAAAGCUUGGAGGAUAUUUCAUUCUUGGUGAUCAAUAGAGUUAAAGAUGUCAUAUGUCAUUGAAUUCAGUGUUGACCAACAUGUUGCUAUAUAUUCAAAGAGAAACACCUGUCUUUGUUGAAUUUUGUAAAACUAUUUUUGUAAAUGGUUAUAAAACAGAUAGCAAUGAGGGACUGAACAUUAUGAGUACAUAUCCAGAAAGGUCAAACUGGAGGUAUUAUACCGA